AUGGCGGACCAUUUGUCUCCGCCAUGGUCGCACGUGUGUCACGUCCUCCAAUCACUCGAGCAGCGUCGCGCGAACUGCGUCGUCACCGUCGACGACGACAGCGGUGCGACGCUAACCGGGUCGCAAUUGGUCGCAGACGUCGCAUGCCUGGCCAGAGGGCUGGAGACUUUCUGCGGCGUCGCUCCGGGGGAGCGCGUGUGCAUCGCAGCGCUCAAUAGCUCGGCGUACGUGCAGUGGCUACUCGCGGUGCCGGCCGUCGGCGCCAUUCUCGCGCCUCUCAACCACCGAUGGUGUCACCCCCUCUCAGUGUCACUCCCUCUCAGUGUCACUCCCUCUCAUUGUCACUCCCUCUCAGUGUCACUCCCUCUCAGUGUCACUCCCUCUCAGUGUCACUUCCUCCCUCCGCUCGACUCGCACCACUCCCCCCUGCCGCUUGCAUUACACAACACUGACACGUACUCACGAGUAUGUGUCAUAUCUCACCUUUCUUCUAUGCAACCCCCUUCGAUCUCCCCCUUUCCUGCUUCCCGCAACGACCCCACAGAGCGUGGGAGAGGCAGCAGCAGCGGUGCAGCAGGUGGGGUUGGCGGUCCUGGUGGUGGAUGCACACGCGCUGCCCUGGUGGGCCCACCUCAUGCCACCACUUUCUCAUCACCCCCUUUCCCCUUCCCCACCUCCCCCUCUCAUCCCCUUCCCUCGUUUUUCAAACCACGUGAGCAGAGCAUAGGAGAGGCGGCAGCAGCGGUGCAGCAGGUGGGGGCGACUGUCUUGGCGGUGGAUGCACACAUGCUGCCCUGGUGGGCCCACCUAAAGCCGCUCUGCCCCUCGCUGCGACUGGGGGUCCUCAUCUCGGACCAACCCAUUCCCUCCUCCGCCUCAUCUCCUUGUGAGUUGAGGAGAGUUCAUCUCAUGGCUGCUUGCUUGCUUGCCGCCUCUGCCUCCUCUCCCUCCUCUCCCUUCCCUAUCUCCUCUCCCUCCUCUGCCCCCUCUGCCCCCUCCUUACCUGGGCUUUCCUGGGCUUUCCUGGGUUUCGCGGCUGCUCUCUCCCACACGGCGCUCAUCUCGCAGUCCCUUGCCAAGCUGGCGUGUGCAGGGUACUGCCAUGACGAUACCUUCCUGCACGUGGCCCCUCUCUGCCACAUAGGAAGCAUCUCAUCCCUCCUCGCCAUGCUCCCUCUUCCACCCCACUACUUACCCCGUGUUCUCCCUCCCUCCUCCCCCCUUCCCCAGGCCUUCCUGCACGUGGCCCCUCUGUGUCACAUAGGAGGCAUCUCCUCUCUCCUCGCCAUGCUCACAGCAUGUGCUCGCAACGUCCUCGUGCCGCGCUUCCUACCCUCCCACCUCCCCCAUCUGUUCUCCCGCCAUCGCAUCACCGCCCUUAUUGCCGUCCCUGCCAUGCUCACUGAUCUAGUGAGUGCAUGCAGUGGCGAGCGCCAAGGGGAAUCAACAUGUGCUCGCAAUGUCCUCGUGCCGCACUUCCUCCCCGCCCACCUGCCCCGCCUCCUCUCCUUCCAUCGCAUCACCGCCCUUAUAGCUGUCCCUGCCUCCUCUCCUUUUUCCUCUUCCCCAAGGGAGGAGAGCAUGCGCGCAGCCCAGAUCCCUGUAUCGCACUUCGUUCCCACUCGUGCGAACGCUGCUGGUGGGGGGAGGCGCAUUGAGCCCAUCGCUGCAGCGGCACACAGAGGCACUCUUCCCAUGCGCGCGCCUCAUGCUCGCUUAUGCCAGCCUUCAGCUCACAAGUCUUGUCCUGUAGUGGGGGAGGUGCUAACCCGCGGCCCGCACGUUAUGAGCGGCUACUGGGGUAGACCAGAUGAAACCGCCGCAGUGCUCUCCCCAGACGGCUGGCUGCGCACGGGAGACAUGGGCUGGAUCGACUUUUCCGGGCAGAUUUGGCUGCUGGGCAGGCGAAAAGAAAUGAUCAAGUCGGGCGGGGAAAAUGUUUUCUGCGCCGAGGUGGAGGAGGCAGUGAGAGCACACCCGGGAGUGGUAGGCGCAGCAGCGGCAGGGGUCCCGGAUGAGCGCAUGGGGGAGGCGGUUGCUGUGCUGCUGGUGCUGAAACCGGGAUGGGUGUGGUCGGGAAUCAGCAGUAAUGACAGUGGUGGUGGUGAUGCUGGCGGUGCUGGCGGUGCUAGCGAUGUCGGCAGGUUUGGUAGUGGUGGUGGCAGUGCAGCAAGGGCAGCUGCUGCUAAGAACGUGUCGUUGAGUGACUUGCAUGCUGCCUGCCAGCAGCACGGCCUUUCCAGCCCGAGACAGCACAACCAGAGACAGCAGCAACAGCAGCGGAGGUUGGUGGGCGUGUUCACAGUGCGGUCGAGUGCGGUUGAGAACGCGGCAGCUGAGACCAAUGUGACCGACGAAGGGAAGCAGCUGCAGCAGCGCAAGGCGGAGUGGGCGCGGGUGCGGGGGGUGGCGGAGAGGGGCGCGGUGGUGCGCGGACGAGUGGUCUCCGCCAACGCGGGGGGCCUCAUGGUGCGCCUGGGCCCGCUGCAGGCCUUCCUGCCGCUCUCCCAGCUCGACCCCUCACGCCUAAGAGGCACGGCAGCGGUAGCAGAUGUAACCCGAAGCCUUGUGGGCAACAUGGUGGUGGUGAGAAUCCUCGAGUUGGACGAGGCGAGAACGCGUCUGGUGGUGUCGGAGAAGCGGGCAGCAGCAGCCAAGGGGCUGCCGCGCGUGCAGCAGGGGCGCGUGUAUCCGGGCGUUGUCUCCUCGCUCACAGACUUCGGCGCCUUCGUGGACCUCUUCCAACCGGAGGGAGACAAAGAGGAGGGAGUCAGGGAGGGCGAGAAGGACGGGGAGAAGGAGGGCGCAUUUUUGGCGACGGGGCUGGUGCACGUGUCAGAGCUUUCUUGGGACCCCGUUCGCUUGCCCGGUGAUGUCGUUGCUGUGGGGGAUGCAGUCAACGCCUUGGUGCUGCAGGUGGACCGGGAGAGGGAGCGAGUGGGGCUGUCGCUGAAGCAGGUGCAGGCAGACCCGCUCCUCGAGACGCUAGACCGCUUGCUGCCCUUCCAACCCGCACCAGAUGCCACCUCCCCUUCUGCCUCCGCCCUUGAGAUGUCCUCUGCUGCUCCUUCCUCUCCCCUCCCCGGUGCCGCCUCACCCCCUGCCCUACCUGGCCUGCUAGCUCUCUGCAACCAGCUCCAGCAGCAACCAGGGAUCGUGUCAGUGACGUUGGGCAGGCAGGCAGUGGAGCGACGGGUGGUGUCUCAGGACCUGGAGCUCUGGCUGUCCAAUGCGCCAGCAGCAGAGGGGCAGUUUGCAUUGCUGGCACGAGCAGGCCGAUUGGUGCAAGAGGUUCAAGUUGUUGCCACUUUGGAUCGGGAACAGAUGAAGGAAGUCCUGAAGCAGAUCUCUUAG